AUGGACUUCCCAAUUUGGAAGCACUUUACGUCAACAAUAAUUCCUUUUUUGGAGCUUUACCUAACUCAAUUUCAAAUUGUUCUAAACUUCGUAUUGCUGAACUUUCUCUCAACAAAUUCAUGGGGUCAAAUUCCAUCUUCCCUGGGGGACCUCAGGCUCCUUGAACUGCUGAAUCUCGGCUUUAACUACUUCACUAGUGACUCCUCAUCGGCAGAGUUGAGCUUCAUCACCUCAUUGACGAAUUGCAAGAGUUUGACUCGAUUGGCUUUGAGUAACAAUCCAAUAAAUGGGAUGCUUCCAUAUUCAAUUGGUAAUCUUUCAACUUCCCUUCAGUUAUUAGAAGCAAGGGAUUGUAAAAUCAAGGGAACCAUUCCAGAUGGAAUUGGAAACUUGAGCAGUUUGAUUAUCUUGAGCCUAACCAACAACGAGUUAAGUGGGCAUUUGCCGGCUAGGAUAAAAGAUCUGCAAAAGCUUCAAGAAAUGGAUCUUGGUAACAACAAACUAAGCAAAGUCUCACUACAUUUUCUUUGUGCUCUCCACAGACUGGGUGCAGUAAAUCUAGGAGAAAAUAAAAUUCUGGGCUCAAUUCCAAAGUGCUUGGGAAAUCUUACUUCCCUAAGGUAUCUUAACCUUAGUUACAAUAGACUAACUUCCACCCCACCUGUAGAAAUAUGGAACCUAAAGGAUCUCGUGGGGCUUGACCUUUACUCAAACUUGCUAAGUGGAUCUCUGCCUGAUGAGAUUAAGAAUAUGAGGAUGGCAAGCUGGAUAGAUUUGUCGAUCAAUCAGUUCUCAGGUGGCAUUCCCAACACAUUGGGAGAAAUGCAGAACUUGAAAUUUCUUUUUUUACAAAACAACAGAUUGCAAGGAUCAAUCCCGGAGUCUAUUGGUAAGAUGUUAAGCUUGGAUACAUUGGACCCAUCACAUAACUUUCUUUCUGGAUCAAUUCCAAUGUCAAUGGAGAACCUUCAGUGUCUUACCUAUCUCAAUGUCUCUUUUAACAAUUUAAGUGGUGAAAUCCCUUCCAAGGGGCCUUUUGCAAACUUCACUGUUGAAUCCUUCACUUCAAAUGGAGCACUCUGUGGUGUUCAAAGGUUUCAUGUGCCCCCCUGCCCAAGUAUUUCAGCUCACAGAUUGAGAACUAAAAAGGUGCAUCGAAUGAUGUAUAUCUUACUAGGGGUAAUUCUAACAGUGGGGGCCUUAUCCUUUGGAUAUGUUUACCUAAGAUACCGAAGGAAAGAUGAGCUUUCUAGUAGAGCAAAUUUACCCUUAGUUGCAAUGCCAGAAAGAAUUUCAUAUUUUGAGCUUCUAAAAGCAGCUAAUGGGUACAAUGAAAGCAAUUUGUUGGGGACUGGAAGCUUUGGAUCUGUUUAUAGAGGGGUUCUUGAAGAUGGAAGGGUUGUGGCCGUAAAAGUUUUUAAUUUACAAAUUCAAGGAGAAUUCAAGAGUUUUGAUGUAGAAUGUGAAGUAUUGCGUAAUUUUCGUCAUCGAAACCUCACAAAAGUCAUCAGCAGUUGCUCUAACCCUGAGUUUAAGGCAUUAGUGCUUUAG